AAAGUUGUUAUGAAUUUUAUAACAAACCAACCGGGCACUGGGCACUAUUGGAAAUAAUUAGUGUUGCUAUGCAACCACGCUGUCGAAAGUCGAUUUAACAUGGCGGACGGUGGAACAAAAAUAUACAAUUUGAAAGGAGCAAACGAGUAUAAAGUUAGCUAAGAUGGUUACUCUGUCCUAUAGAUAAACCUAAACUGGUGCUUCUUUGAGAUUACUUUGAGAGGGAUCUAGGAUGCAUUCAAGGGCUUACAUGCUGCUUGAAAAAGAAUGGUUCAAGCUGCAAAAAGAAGAACUUCCUUGGGGCAUACAGGCAAAGCCGUUAAAUGAGGAUGACAUGUUUACCUGGGAAGGUGCCAUAAAGGGCCCAAAGGACACAAUGUGGGAAGGAGGUGUUUUCAAGUUGUAUCUCCAGUUUGGCGAGUAUUACAAUGGCCGACCACCAAGAGUAUUCUUUCACACAAUUCCCUUCCAUCCGAAUGUUGAUCCAGACACAGGGCAAGUCUGUGCUGACUUUUUAGACGAUUUAAGUUGCUGGAAAGAGUUUUAUUCAAUUUCAUACAUGCUACUAAGCAUUCAGAUGUUGCUGGUAAAUCCAGUUCUUGAAAAUGCCAUAAACCCUAGUGCUGCCAGAAUAUUUGCAUCCUCGCCCAGCAGCUUCAGGCAGACUGUGUUGGAUUGUGUUCUGGCCAGUAAGAGAGUGGAAGCUGGACUUAAACCCCACACAGCAGAGGACAUUGAUUUGACUCGAAUCUUGCCAAUAGAACCAGGACCAACAGAAAGAACUCUAAACGAGAAAAAGAAGACCGUUAAACUUGGAAAAGUAUCUUUUGACGACUACCACGCCAUGUGGAGUGGAAUUGCCACAACCAAGCCAGUCCCGGACUCAAGUAAUCCUUUGAGUGAAGUUCUUAGGGCUGAUUCUAAAUUACAAGCCACACACUUUGGCCUUCCCCAGCAGGAGCUGCAGGAAGAGAUUCACAAACAGCUCACAGAGCACAAUGCCAUCAUGUAUGGGAAGUUUGACACUGGAAUGGCUGGACAAGAUCUGGCCGAACUGAAGUCGACUAAGAUUCAGUUGCUGAAACAGAUUUAUCUUCCUAAGCAGCAAGCAGGGUUGUCAAGUACGGAUUCUCCAACGCCGAGAACGAUAACCAAUGCCCCUUCGCCGUCAAUUACAACUGCGAGGGACCUGGAACCCCAUGAUCAGGAGGUUGACGAAUUAUUAGCGUGGACUAAUACGUUACCUUAGCAACAGUGGCCAUCACCAUAGAAACACUUCAUAACGUGUUGUCCAUGACGUGCGCCAUAUACGACAAAGGCACCCCAUUUAAAUGAAGUAAAAUGGAAGCCCCGUCAAAUUCGGCGCCAAACUGACGAUUGGAAAUGCUGGUCACUGAUUGGCCAAAUUACAUGCAUGAGACCGUGUCAUGCGUAAAAGUUCAUAGGCAACGUAACGGAGCGAUGCCUGUUGGAAAUAUGUGUAUUUUUUUAAAUUUUGUCGUUGUCAGUCCACCUCAGUCUUCCCUAAUUUGACCGAACUCUGUUACUUUUCGGUUUGUUAUUAUUUCUUCGUUGUUUUCCACCUUAUUAGGCAAGAUAUUAGUUUCAAGUUUCCUUCAAUGACUUUAAACAUCAUAUAACUUGACAGUUGUACAUUCCAUGUGACGUAGCUCCAACCCCCCCCAAAAUCGAGCUUUUCAACUGGAGACAUUUUUAAAAUACCAUGACUUGGUUUGCUCUCCAUGUGGCCUAAAAUAUAUAAAAACGGACUGAAAACUGAA